AUGACCAUAGUACCAGUUAUUGCUAGUGCUCUCACCGUGGCCUGUAAGCGAGUCAGAGACAUUCAGAGAUGCUCCAAACGGCCACACGCUCAAUCCCACAAUGCACCAGCGGAGCCCAAAGCCAGAGCACAGGCGGAGGACUACAGAGAGCUCGACCGCAAGAUCCUACGGCUGUGUGGUGAGCUGUAUGAUCUGGACGCCGCCUCCCUGCAGCUCAAAGUCAUCAGUUAUUUGCAGACAGAAACUCAGUCGCAGUGCUGCUGUUUACUGCUGGUCUCUGAAGACAAUCACCAACUCUUCUGUCAGGUUGUCGGAGAUAAAGUUUUGGAAGAGGAAAUCAGUUUUCCGCUUAUGUUCGGUCGCUUUGGGCAGGUGGUGGAGACAAAGAAAUCCAUUACACUACAGGACGUCAGCCAGGAGGAACGUGGGUUAUUGAGCAGUUUGUUGGGGUUCGAGCCGAACUCGAUGCUUUGCGUUCCUGUUAUCAGUCAAGCCACUGGACAGGUGGUGGCGCUAGCGUGUACCUUCAACAAACUGAGUGGACAGAGGUACAUGGAGGCGGAUGAGCAUGUGAUCCAGCACUGUUUCUGUUACUCAUCGACGGUUCUCACCAGCACACUGGCCUUCCAGAAAGAGCAGAAACUCAAGUUCGAGUGUCAGGCUCUGCUGCAAGUGGCUAAAAACCUCUUCACGCACCUCGAUGACGUGUCUGUAUUACUGCAGGAGAUCAUCAUCGAGGCCAGAAACCUGAGCAACGCUGAGAUUUGUUCUGUGUUCCUGUUGGAUCACUUCAGUCAUGAACUCGUGGCCAAAGUGUUCGAUGGAGGAGUCGUGAACGAUGACGAGAAGGAGUUUCGUAUCCCGGCGGAUCAGGGCAUCGCUGGUCACGUGGCCACCACUGGGAAAAUCCUCAACAUCAAGGAUGCGUAUUCCCACCCUCUGUUUUACCGCGGUGUGGACGACAGCACGGGCUUCAGGACGAGAAACAUCCUCUGCUUCCCCAUCAAAGAUGAGAACGAAGAGGUGAUCGGUGUGGCAGAACUGGUGAAUAAAACCAACGGCCCGUGGUUCAAUCGUUUCGAUGAGGAUCUGGCAACCGCGUUCUCCAUCUACUGCGGCAUCAGCAUCGCUCAUUCUCUGCUGUAUAAGAAGGUCCAUGAGGCUCAGUUCCGCAGUCAUCUGGCCAAUGAGAUGAUGAUGUACCACAUGAAGGUGUCGGAGGAGGAGGUCACUAAACUCCUGCACAGCGGCAUCGAGCCGGUCCAGAAAAUCCACCCGGACUUCUCUGAGUUCACGUACACGCCGCGCUCUCUGCCUGACGACAGCACUCCGAUGGGCGUCCUGAGCAUGUUUGAAGACAUGGGCGUCAUCAACACCUAUAAGAUCAACCUGCACACUUUAGCCAGGUUUUGUCUGAUGGUGAAGAAGGGCUACAGAGAUCCUCCGUAUCACAACUGGAUGCAUGCCUUCUCCGUCUCACACUUCUGUUAUCUGCUUUACAAGAACCUACAACUGUCUAACUACCUCGAAGAUAUAGAGAUUCUGGCGCUCUUCGUGUCCUGCAUGUGUCACGAUCUGGACCAUCGAGGAACCAACAACUCCUUCCAGGUGGAUUCGCAAUCUGUCCUGGCGGCCCUUUACAGUUCAGAGGGAUCUGUGAUGGAGAGACAUCACUUCGCUCAGGCCAUCGCCAUCCUCAACACACAAGGCUGCAACAUCUUUGAGAAGUUCUCCAGAAAGGACUAUCAGCGGAUGCUGGAUCUGAUGAGAGACAUCAUCCUGGCCACAGAUCUGGCUCAUCACCUGAGGAUCUUCAGGGACCUGCAGAAGAUGGCUGAUGGUAAAAAUAUAAAUUUUGUAAAAUAAAAAUUAUAAUGUAAAUAAGUAAUAUUAACAAAUAAUGAUCCUGUCUUGACCAUGCCCACGUAUGACAAACCAUUCUAUUUGUAUGUUUCAAACAUAUACUAUAAAGAGUUCUUCUCUCAGGGGGAUCUGGAGAAGGCGAUGGGAAACAGACCCAGUGAGAUGAUGGAUCGUGAGAAAGCCUACAUCCCUGAACUCCAGAUCAGCUUCAUGGAGCACAUCGCCAUGCCAAUAUACAAGCUCCUGCAGGAGAUUUUCCCACGUUCGGCCGAGCUUUACGAGCGCGUGGCCGCCAACCGCGAGCAGUGGGCCAAAGUCUCGCACAAGUUCACCAUCCGCGGACUACCGAGCAACAACUCGCUGGACUUUCUGGACGAGGAAUUCGAGCUGCUGCAGUCUCAAGGCGCCUUCGGAGACGAUUCGCAUCGCAUGAACGGUUGCCUGGACGACGACUGCGACAAACACGACCAAUGACGUCGCUAGGGCAAAGGUCACCUGACGGAUUGUAUCUUGGUAAAAUUCCGUAGUUACCGACGAGGCUUUGAGGAAAGGUUCGUUGUUUCCUUUUUGCCGUUUUGCACGAUGAAGGACGAUGGAUGGUGCUGCGCAGUCGGCGGAGUGUGUAAUGUUACGCAGACAUUUGGACUGAAAAAGUUAUAUUCUCAGUGGCCCCAUUGUAAUAGCUAAACAUUUUAUUCUAAAUGAAAAAUCAUAUUUCACUUAAACAACUAGAUGAAUAAAAUAUAAGAAUUCCAGCAGCCCAGUGUUACAUUUUUAAAAGUUGUAACAAUUACAGGUGUCUGGUGAUACGUUUAAAUCAGUGUUACGUUUUUAGAACUUGUAACAGUUCCAGCUGCCUGGUGUUACAGUGUUACGUUUUUGAAGCUUGUAACAAUUCCAGAAGCCUGGUGUUGCUGUUUUAGAGCUUGUAAUACUUCCUGCUGCUUGGUGUUACAUUUUUACAACUUGUAACAAUUCUAGCAGACCAGUGUUACAUUUCUAGAACUUGUAACAAUUCCAGCAGCCAGUGUCACGGUUUUUAGAACUUGUAAUAAUUCCUGCUGCCAAGCGUUACAUUUUUAGAACUUGUAACAAUUACAGCAGCCUGAUGUUACAUUUUUUAAAAUCUUGUAACAAUCCUGGGAGCCCAGUGUUGCAUGUUUAAACCUGUAACAAUUCCAGCAGCCUGGUGUUACAUUUCUAGAACUUGUAACAAUUCCAGCAGCCUGGUGUUACAUUUCUAGAACUUGUAACAAUUCCAGCAGCCUGGUGUUACUUUAAAAAAAAAAAAUUUAAUCUUGUAACAAUCCUGGGAGCCCAGUGUUACAUUUUAAACCUGUAACAAUUCCAGCAGCCUGGUGUUACAUUUCUAGAACUUGUAAGAAUUCCAGCAUUCUGUUACAUUUGUAGAAUAUGUAAUAAUUCCAGCAGCCUGAUUUUCCAGCUGCCCAAUGUUACAUUUUUAGAAUGUUUUUUUAGUAGUUGUUAUUUUGUUGCACAUCCAAACAGAAGCAAAUUGAAAUACUACAAGAAAAACUAAGUCACUGUUUUCUUUUCUGCGUCCUCAGCGUACAGAAAUUGUCAGACGAAACACAUCUUUGGAUAAUUAAUCUUUUUUCAACCAAUUUCGCCCCUCAGACGUCAGUUCUCCCUGUUUACACAGAAAAACGCAACACAACAACAUUUCUCCAUUCCCGAAAUCCCAAAACCAAUCAUUGGAAAUCUCAGUCAAGCGAGCAGCGAGCGAUUAGAGCGUGUGUGACGACAGGCGUGAAAACACACGGACCCCGAAGACCUUCUGAAACCGUCGUGGAGAAACUUUUCGAAGCUCUGUACAUAUAGUUGUGUUUUAAAGGGCUAUGCGGCCCUCACACUUUUCUUUCUCAGGAUGGCAGAAUGUGUGCGUCAAAUGGAUCUUGCCUUACAAAUGUUUGCGUUGCCUUCCUGAGUGACUUUAAAAGAGAUCUAUGUAUAAAAACGUUCGGCCUUUCUAUGUACAGCUCUGAAGCUACAUGGAUAUAUAGAGAUAUCUAUUUGCCGUGUGUAAAUGUGUGUUUGCACAGGUGUGACUGUAAGUGCAUUUGCCAAAAUCUGCAAAGGAACAGAAAACAGAGUGAUGUCAGUUUUAUGAUUUAACCUGAUGUCAGUUUAAUAUUAACCUGCAGUGGAGUGUCAAUUUCACAGAAAACUCCAUCAUAUUUCACAACAAAAUCAAAAGAAUAAAAUAAGUUACAUCAAAUUUUAUGAUUAAAAUAUUGCAUUAAAUAUUAAGCCUGUUUUUAAGACCAAUAUCAUUGUAAUAUAUAUAUAUAUAUAUUUUUUUUUC